GAAACAAAAAAUAACCUUAUUCCUUUCUCAGGUGAAAUCACAGAUUAAAGAGAUUGUUUGCUUAAUUGAUGCCAGCAAAUAUGAAAUGGUUUUAAAUGAAUUUAAAAUAGAGGAAACCUUACAAAAGUUGGAAUUACAAUUAAACAGACCUUCUGAAUGCUCUGAAGGCCAUGAGUUAUUCAAACAAAUUGUACCAACACAAAAUGAACUGGAAGCUUUACCAGUCAAUAUUGUUGACCAACCAUACGAUAGCAUUGAGCAUUACCGCAAAACCCAUUAUAAAUUGUUACAUGAGGAUCUAAUAGGACCAUUAAGAAUCUCCAUUCGAACAUUUUGUGAAGGUCAAGGAACUGCUGAAUUUAAACGUUUAAAAGUUUAUAGAAACGUUCGUUUCAUCAAAUGUUUUCCGUCAUGGAAAGGAAUCCAGUACAUGGUUACAUUUGAUACUGCAUCACUUAAAGUAAAACUUCCACGGAGAUUGUUGUAUGGGAACCUGGUUUGUUUAUCAAGUGAUAGAUUUCAGGAUGAUUUAAUAUUUGCCACAAUUGCAUACCGGACUUGCUCAAAAGUUAAACAAGGAAUGAUAGGACUUAAAUUUUUAGAGAGCUCAAAUGAUGACACAAAACAGUUUAGAGAUUUUCGUCAAAGGAAAAAAGGCUACACCAUGAUUGAAUGCGACAGUCAUUAUAUUGCUACCAAAUCAGUUUUAAAUGGUUUGAAAGAUUUAAAAACUUUGCCACUUCAAGAUAAGAUUGUGUCAUGCACACCGAAUUUGUCAACACCUGCCUAUCUCAGCAAACCAGAACAAGUCAAACUUGAUUUCACUUCUCUUACUGGUGACAAAAAACAUAAAAAUGUACAAUUGCUAAACAUAAAAAUGUGGCCAAAACCCGAGGAAAUGGGUUUGAAUGAGGAACAGAGAUCUGCUGUACAUAGUGCGUUGACCACGGAUCUUGCUGUUAUUCAAGGAGGAGCAGGAACUGGAAAAAGUAAAGUUGGAAACACAAUUAUGAAACUGCUCAGUCAAAAUCAACACCUGUGGAACACGCAGAAUCAACAAAUUUGCCCGAUUCUGGUGAUUUGCUAUGGAAAUCAAGCACUGGACCAGUUUCUGGAGGGAAUUGUUGAUUUUUUCCCAGAAAAAAUUUUAAGGGUUGGAGGCAGGUGCAGAAGUGAUAAACUUCACUGCUUUACAAUGGCGCACAUAAAAAGGCAAACGGAGUUAAAAGCAUCAAAAACAGAAAGAUAUGAUUACUGGAUUACCAGAGAACAGCGUCGAGAAGUGGGGCGGGAAAUUAAAAAAGUUAUUGAACCAACUUUUGUUCUUAAGUUUAGACUCAUAAGGAAUGUCAUGUCAGAUAAAAUAAUCCGUGAAUUAACAAACCAAGGACAUGAAGACAAAAAAAUGCAAAAUCUUGGUUACGCUGGUCCAGAUUUUCCUCUGAUCAACUGGUUAGGUCUCCCUUCUACAGAAAUUGAUAUUGAUGCAGAUGAAAGUUUAUCUGAAGAUGAUAAUGUUGAUGAUGAUGAAUAUAAUGAUAAUGAUGAGCGCUUAAUUGAUACUGAUGACGAAAUGGAAAAUGAAGAUUUUGGGCGAGCAAAUUCAGUAAUAUCUUCUGCCCCUUCAAAAAAAGCAGCUUUAGUCUAUUUAAAUGGAAAAGUUGUUCCAGCACAAUAUGACCUCAAGCAGUCAAGAUUCUUCCCUGAAACGCAACUUCGUAAAGUAAUAAAACAAAAGCUUACUGAGACCAAGAUAUACACAGAUUCUGAACUCAAUAAGUCAAGACAAGGAUUGUUUGACUUGCCCAUUAAAAUAAGAUGGAGACUGUACAGGUAUUGGGUCCAUCAAUGGGUUCUACAUGAACAAGAAAAGUUUGGCUUUCAUUGCCAAAAGUAUGAUAAACUAUCCAGAAGAUUGCAAUUUCUACGAAGAAAAGAGGAAAAGAGAAUUUUAUCUCAAUCUUACGUUAUUGGAAUGACAACCACUGCAGCAGCAAAGUACAGAGAUGUCUUACAAGACAUAAACGUUAAGAUAGUUUUUGCUGAAGAAGCAGCCGAGAUAUUGGAAGCACACAUUGCUACGGCUCUUCCAAAAAGUACCCAACACCUUAUAAUGAUAGGCGACAAUAAACAAUCGAGGCCAAGAGUGAAUAUGCCUGAAUUGAGCACAAAACACAACCUGGGAAUUUCUAUGCUCGAAAGAUUGAUACAAUGUGGGAUACCUUCGCAUUCACUAAACAAGCAAUACAGAAUGUCACCCAACAUUGCUGAUCUUUUGAGACAUUCCUUCUACCCUAAACUAACGGAAGAUCCAAUUCCUUUGGAUGAGAUGAAAGUACAAGGGAUUCGUAACAAUGUAUUCUUUAUCCGCCACAAUGAGGAUGAAACACUUGAUCAUUAUGGCAAAAGCAAGGUGAAUUAUUAUGAAGCUGAGUAUUUGUUGGGUCUUUGCAAGUUUCUAUUGGGACAAGGAUACAGGGCUGAAGAUAUUACUAUCCUAACAUCAUACACUGGCCAAAUGAUGGAAAUUCAAUCUCAAAUUCAAACACUUAGUUUAUUGAACAAAGUUGCUGUUACGAAUAUCGAUUACUUCAAAGGACAAGAAAAUAAAAUUAUUCUUCUAUCUUUAGUCUGCAAAAAUGAAGAGGGAAAAAUCGAUUUUCUUUCCGCUCCAAAUCGAAUCUGUGUCGCCCUUUCUCGUGCAAGUCUAGGACUUUACUGCAUCGGAAAUUUUGAGAAACUGCAAAAGCACAGCCUUUGGAAUGAUAUCAUUCAGCACUUGAAUAAUCAAGGAUGUAUAGGUUUAAGUUUACCAAUUGCUUGCACACAACAUCCCAAUUCAAUCUGGACAUCCAAUGGUUUUCCCGAAACUGACGCAUGGUGUGGUGUGCCUUGCAACGAACCCCUUGUUGAUUGUGGACAUCUAUGCACACGAACUUGUCACCCUUCAAAUACAAAGCACAGCUUGUGUGAAGUUCCAUGUGAACAUGUUUGUGAAAAAGAUUCCAAGCACAAAUGUAAACGGGUGUGUCACGAAAAAUGUGACGGCCGAUGUUUGGAAAGAGUUGGAGUAAGCAACCACUAA